UAGACCAGGGCUUCUCUGUCAAUUCUCUUAGCAUGCGACUCAUAUGGACUCUCUGGAUAACCUGAUAACAUCAGAAUUGGUCAAGGAUUUGUGUUUUAUUCAGCUUGGCUGCGAUUCAGAGCUGGGUAAAUUGGGACCCUGCUGCUUUCAGACCAAAACACAGAAGACCAAAACACAGAAGACCCAGUCAUGGGAGACCCUGAACCAAGUGGUCUCAACCAUCAAGUGAGAGGGACUGAAAACAAAAAGCGUUACAGUGAGAUUUUCCGGAGUCUGGAUGCCUUAGAAAUCUCGCUUGGAAAUGCGACAGUUGACAUGUUCAUUGAUGACACAGACAGCACAGACCUGACCCCAGAAAGUGAGAUGCUCCCGGUGGAUGAAAGUUUCUACAAGAGCAAAAGCAAUUUGGAGGGGCAGGUGCAGACAAACAUCACAGUUGAAGAGGCUGAUGAGAUGCUGAUAAAAUGCGAAGGUGGUGUUGAUGCAGCCCUUGAAUAUGCCAAAACGUGGUGUAAAUAUGUCAAAGAACUGCUGAGCUGGAUUGAUAAACGCCUGAAUUAUGAAAUAGAGUUUGCCAAAAGCAUUGUGAAGAUAGCAGAAUCAGGUCAAUCUACCAUUAAACAACAGGUCUGCAUGCCACUCCAGCUGCUCUAUACCAUGGUCCUGGAACAUGACAUCAGGAUUGGGAGUUUAGCCAUUGAGACUGCAGGGGCUUUGCAGCUGAGAGAAUACUGCCAGCCUCUCACAGCCAAGAGAAAUGAAAUUGAGAAGUGGCGGAAAGAAUUCAAAGAUCAGUGGCUAAAGGAACAGAAAAGAAUGAAUGAUUCACUGGCAUCCUUGCGCAAGUCCCGCCUUCACUACAUACAGCGCUGCGAGGAGUUGGAGAAAGCCAAGCUGCUGAGUGCCAAGGCAGAAGAUGAGUACCAGAGCAUAGCAGCAACCCACCCUGGCAGCGCCAACAAGCAGCUGGAGAAACGGCGCCGCUCUCGUGAGGAGGCACAAGUGAAGGUCCAGGAAACAGAAGCUUCUUACAAGAUGUGCAUCAGUGAUGCCAACUCUCGUCGGCAGGAGCUGGAAAAGGUGCGGGAGAGAAUUGUCUCCCAUAUCCGGAAACUCAUUUACCAAGGAGAUGAGGUGCUGACACGGGUCACCUUGAGGAUGUUCAAGUUGCAGCAGACUCAGGCAGAGAAGAUUCCAGUGGGGUACGAGAACAUGACUGAGUACUGCAAGCCCUACAGAAUGGGUGAGAAAUAUCUGGAAUUCAUUCAGAAGCUGCAGAAGAAAGAGGUCCCCAUGGAGGUGUUUGAAUUUGAAGCAUUUAUUCCUGCAGGGCAGAGGUCUCCUCCUAGUGGCAGAAAAAAGAAUGCAGUGCAAUACUCCUGCAUCUCAUCCUCUGCAGUUGAUCUGAGCACUUCUGCAGAAGAUGCAUCAGGAAAGCAGUUUUCCACAAACAGUGAACAAAGUGCAAACAAAUCCUUCUACAGUGACACAGAAAGCCUGGGUGGGAGCUGCGAAUCCCGGUCCCUGGACUCUCCCGCCUCUAGCCCAGGGCACCAAAGUAGGAAGUUGCUAAAAGCUUCAUCCACAGGCGCCAUGUCCUCCUCGGAUGAUUUUGAAGAGAGAGAUUCAUGUCAAACAUAUGACAGUGAAAAUGGAUCAUCCCAGUGUCAGUUUAAGAACAUCUGUCUGUCAAGUGCAGCACAGACCCACCGGCUGCGGAAAUUGCGGGGUCCAUCCAAGUGCAGGGAGUGUGAAACCUUUAUGGUCAGUGGCACGGAGUGUGAAGAGUGCUACCUGACCUGCCACAGAAAGUGCCUGGAGAACCUCCUCAUCACCUGUGGCCACAAGAAGCUGCCCAGCCGAGUGCCCCUCUUUGGCAUCGACUUCACACAGGUCCCUCGGGAUUUCCCGGAAGAGGUUCCGUUCAUAGUUGUGAAAUGCACCUCAGAAAUCGAGGCACGUGCCCUCGGAGUGCAGGGGAUCUAUCGCAUAAGUGGAGCCAAGGCCCGGGUGGAGAAGCUCUGCCAGGCAUUUGAAAACGGGAGGGAGCUUGUGGAGCUCUCAGAACAUUCUCCCCAUGACAUCACUGGCGUCCUGAAGCAUUUCCUGAAGGAGCUGUCAGGGCCAGUGCUCCUGUAUGAACUCUAUGAUGAAUUCAUCGCACUUGCCAAGGACCUGCAGAGACCUGGGGAAGGGAAGAGAGACAGCUCAGGGUUCUCAGCAGAUCCCAUUCAAAGCAUGAAGGACCUGCUGAGCAAACUGCCUGGGACUAACUACAACACCCUGCGACACCUCAUUGCACAUCUGUACAGGGUGGCUCAGAGAUACGAAGAGAACAAGAUGUCUCCCAACAACCUGGGGAUAAUCUUUGGGCCGACGCUGAUCCGACCCGGUUCAGGGUGCGAUGUCUCCAUGUCGUGCCUCGUAGACUCUGGGUAUCAGGCCCAGAUUGUGGAGUUUCUCAUUCUGAGCUAUGAGAGGAUCUUUGGGAUGGAUGACUUGCCUCCGUCUUUGUAUGAAAACACUUUGCAGGAAGCCUUGGCAGAGAAGGACAAAGAGGAGAAACAGAGCACUGAGAAAGCCCAGGAUGUGACCACAGAGAGUUUCUCCUUCAAGCAUGAUUCAAAUGAGGGCUACGUGUCCGAUAAGUCAUCUUCCAGUGAAGCCAUCAAUGAGCUGACAAUGGAGGGAACCCACAGUCUCCUGAGCACAGAUCCCCUAGAUUUGAAUAGAAAUGACGGCUCUGAGCUGGAGGAUCCUGAGGAAUCAGUGCACGAAAAGCCAGAUCCAGAUUCUGAUUCAGUUCUAGGCACGCAACCCAGGGGGUACUUCAGCCGGCAGCCUGUGAAGUAUCCUCGAGCGGCACAGGCCAAAAUGAGGCCAAUCAUUCAUAAAUCUUCCAGCUUGUCCUUGAUGGCUGCUGCUCUGUCAAGCCCUCUGAUGGAGGUUGAUGCAGAAGGCAAUCCUGCAGACUGCAGCCCUUUGACGAAGGAAGUCUUGGAGAAGAAAGGCAGCAGCAGGAGUAGCUCACCAGAGACCAGCACACUGCAGUGACGUUCUGGAGGAAAACAGCAACUCAGACAUUUUGAGAUCACCCAGGAAACUGCCAGGAUCGUCUCCAAGUUUCAAACUAACAGUACUUCCACAGGGUCCCCUCAAGUUUCUCUGGAAAGGACAAGCACAGACUGCACUGAACCUGAACCAAACUCUGACCUGGGGACACCAUCCCAGGAAAACCUUUGUGAACAAUGAGGAGUGCACUGCUGGAAGUGAGACAGGUCUGCACUGCCGCCAAGUGCUGCCUGCUGAAUGGUGGGGACUAGGGUGACCAGAUGUCCCGAUUUUAUAGGGACAGACCUGAUUUUUGGGUCUUUUUCUUAUAUAGGCUCCUAUCACCCCCCACUCCACCCCUUGUCCUGAUUUUUCACACUUGCUUUCUGGUCACCCUAGAAGGGGAUGAGAUGAGGACCCAAUUCCAGCAUCUCUGUUAGAGAUGGAGCUUGCAGGAAAGACCUCUGCUAUGAAUUAUCAGUAGGCUGUGGGUCAGCCCAGAAUUUGCUUUUUUUACUGUUUAGCAGACUCCAAAAAAACAUUCAGAAAUAAGUCCAGAAGCUCUGUUCAUGGAAAGCAAACAUCUGUGACUGGUGCCAGGAGUUUUUCUGCAAGGGAUGGGUUGUGUGUGAUACAUAGCUUAGCCCAGUGUGAAGCAGUACAGAGAGAGCACCGAUUACUUGGCUGUGGACACCUAGGCAAAGAGGAAAUGACUGUAAAGAUCAGGCCAUUGGAGGAAACACUCACAAAUGGUCACUUUCUUGAAGCUACAGACCUCCAUUGAUUUGUUUAGUUCACAACAUCCCUCAUUUUUUCAGCACAAAUCCAGUGAAGCAGUGUGUGUUGACAUGGUUUGGGGCUUCCACUGCUGCAAUUUCUUUUUUCUAUAAACAGAUAAAAUCAUGUGUCUUUUAGGAAGGAGAAGAGAUUGUGCCAUCCAGUGAGCAGCCUCAGUAUGUUACUUUAUCUCAAUUCCAUCUCUCUGCUUUUCCAACAGACCCCUCACUCUCUAGCAUCUCUGACUGUUGUGUCACAAACAUAAUCCCUUGAACCCAUUAUAGAAGCGCACAUUUUCACUAAUCCAAAGCAAGACUAGUCUGUAUUUUGGUGGGUCUCAACAUCUUCCAUUUCAGGAUCACAAUAAGAGACCCCCACAUGCACAGUGAUCAUUCACCAGGGAGCCCUAUUCUGAUGGUGUCAGAACCAAACUAAGCCCAUGUGACUUUUGUCUGAGUAAAGAUCUCAAGAUUAGGACCCAGAUGAAUACAUGGGUUUUAUGUAAUGAGCUAACACUGACACAUGUGAAAUAAAAUGAUGAGUAGCUACUUGGGGUGAUUUAUAGUAAUAGAGUGCAUACUGUGAUCCACUGAUAUGGAUUUUCUUGGUUUCUGGUUAUGUACCGGGUAAAAUUCAUCCCUGUUCAAAGGGCAGUGCAAGGACUAGCCGCCCAUUUAAGCUACUUUUGCAUAGGGGUGAAUUUCUCCAGUAGUGAGCAGCUGUUGAGCUACUCAUGUCUGAACUAGGAAGCCAUAGGCCAGGGGUGGCCAACCUCUGGCUCCGGAGCCACAUGUGACUCUUCAGAAGUUAAUAUGCAGCUGCUUGUAUAGGCACCAACUCCGGGGCUGGAGCUACAGGCACCAACUUUCCAAUGUGCCGGGGGUGCUCAUUGCUCAACCCCUGGCUCUGCCACAGACAUUGCCCCCACUCCACUCCUUCCCGCCCCCUCCUCUGAGCCUGCCGUGCCCUUGCUCCUCCCCCUCUCCUCCCCAGAGCCUCCUGCACCCCAUGAAACAGCUGAUUGGGAGGGAGGGGGAGGGGGAGGUGCUGAUUGUCGGGGCCGCCGAUGGUUAGGAGGUGCUGGGAGCUGCAGGGGGAGUGAGGGGAGCUGAUGUGGGGCUGCUGAUGUAUUACUGUGGCUCUUUGGUAAUGUACAUCGGUAAAUUCUCAGGUUCAGGUUGGCCACCUCUGCGUUAGGCAAAUGGUUAAUGCUAAUAUUACAUCUCUCAGCAUCUCUCUCUUUCUUCUGAUAAAGUUGGCCACCUUCUUUUUUCUCUUGCCUUAUCCCUGAUCUUUUUGUUUGUUCCUGUUUCUUAACAAGAUCCUAAAAGAAACGCUAAGGAUUUACUCACAGCAGUUGUAGAGCUUUGGCCAGAAAAUGGGGAAAAUCACCCACUCACUCCACAUCGUGCCUCAAGAGAUGUGUAUUUAAUGUUAAUAUGUUGCUUUGUAUUCUUGAGUAUUAAAUUAUCUUUUAAUAAAAUUCAUUUCCAUA